CCGUACAGCAUGGCGGCGCUGUGGCGAGGGACCCCGUGCUUCCGACGCGAGCCCGGGCUUUGCCGUACAGUGCGGGCCCUGUCUUCAGGGAAGAGCGAGUACGAUCUUUUAGUCAUUGGAGGAGGAUCCGGUGGGCUUGCUUGCGCGAAAGAAGCUUCCCAAUUUGGAAAGAAAGUGGCUGUGCUUGAUUAUGUGGAUCCUACUCCGAAAGGUACCAAAUGGGGCCUGGGCGGAACUUGCGUGAAUGUUGGCUGCAUCCCUAAAAAGCUUAUGCAUCAAGCCUCUCUUUUCGGCGGGUCCCUCAAAGAUGCCCGGCGUUAUGGCUGGAAUAUAUCCCAUCCCGCAAAUCAUGACUGGUCCACGAUGGCAAAAGCUGUUCAGAACCACGUGAAAUCCUUGAACUGGGGCCAUAGAGUGCAGCUGCAGGACAAGAAAGUCAAAUACUUGAACUUGAAAGGCAGUUUUUUGGACGAGCACACGAUCCGUGGAUCGACGAAGGGAGGGAAAGAGAUAUUUCUCACGGCAGAAAACAUCGUCCUCGCCACUGGCGGGAGGCCAAAAUACCCUGAGAAAAUUGCAGGGGCGCGGGAGUAUGGGAUUACAAGCGAUGAUAUCUUCUGGCUGAAACGAUCUCCUGGGAAAACGUUGGUUGUUGGAGCCAGCUACGUUUCCCUGGAGUGCGCCGGCUUUCUCACGGGCCUCGGAUUGGACGCCACGGUCAUGAUGAGGAGCAUCCCACUUCGGGGGUUCGACCAGCAAAUGGCUGCCUUAGUAACGGAUUACAUGGAAGACUACGGCACUCGGUUCCUGAAGAAAUGCAGCCCCACGAAAGUGAAGAAGACAGAUAACGGCAGACUGCGGGUGACGUGGAAAUACGUUGAUUCCGGCAAAGAGAAAACGGAUGAAUUUGACACGGUGAUGUGGGCCGUAGGCCGGGCUCCUGACACCAGAACCCUUAACUUGGAGUCUGUUGGCGUGAAAAUAAAUUCUGAGACGGGAAAGAUCAUUGUCGAUGCAGGAGAAGCUACUUCUGUUCCUCACAUUUAUGCCAUUGGAGACAUAACAGAGGGGCGUCCCGAACUCACUCCAACAGCGAUCGCUGCAGGGAAAUUGCUGGCUCGCCGGCUGUUCAGCCAGUCCGCGGAAGUGAUGGAUUACGACAACGUGCCCACCACGGUUUUCACUCCCCUGGAAUAUGGCUGCGUAGGCCUCUCGGAAGAAAAAUCUGCAAGCCGAUUUGGAUCGGAUCACAUAGAGGUGUACCAUGCGUUUUAUAAGCCGUUGGAAUUUACUGUGGCCGAAAGAAAUGCGCCUCAGUGUUACAUAAAAAUGGUGUGUUUGCGCGACGGGGAACAGCGAAUCCUCGGCCUCCAUUUCAUUGGCCCGAACGCGGGCGAAGUUAUUCAAGGAUUUGCCCUUGGAAUCAAGUGCGGAGCAACCUAUUCGCAGAUGAUGGCGACGGUUGGGAUCCACCCUACUUGCGCCGAGGAAGUCACCAAGUUGUACAUCACGAAGCGGUCAGGCGCUGAUCCCACCGUCACUGGCUGCUGAGGUUAGCUGCCGUCCCUGGAUCGCAAUUGGAAGAGCACUGGGCAGAAGCAAUCCGAAGGAAGAGAGCGGACAGCUGGGAGGCCAGAAGCCGCAGCGCAAGCAAUUGCCUCUCCUGUUUUAGAUGGACUCCACCGUCGCUCUUCGGAAACUGAUCCUGCAACUGGAAUUCCAGCACAACUGAAGUCAUCGUUGCUGAUGAGACACUUCCCCCCCCCCUUCCGCCUUAUCCAUACAACGGAAGGGAUUUUCUCCAUUUCGGACAGAUCCUGCCUCGUGCUCUCCAGGGAUGGCCUUUUUGUAACCAUAUCGGCCGGGCGAACGUUGACUCGAACGGUCUGACGGAUGGUUCGGAUUAUUUCUUGUGUGCAAUGCUGAAAAAAGAAAUGGGUAGACCAGCUAAUGACGGCUUGUGUAUUAAACCACAUGUUGGGGUAGACAGGCCUGAGGAUUCGCUGGCUCCUUCCUCAAUGCACGUGAUCCUGUUUUAUAUUUAUUGUAGACAGCCUCAUGGAAAAAUAAAGACCAGGGGUUUUUUUCUGUC